AUGGCCGUCCGAAGAGCCUACCGCCGGUAUCACUGGCCCGAACUCCAACUCAACUUCUGGCUCCUCAUCGUCCUCGCUUCCUCAUGUGUCAAUCUCGGUAUCUUCGCCUGGUUAAUGGCUGUGCAAUCGCAGCUCAAGCUCGGAACUCCAUGGCUCUUCCCCUUCAUGGUCGUCUCCGGCGCUCUCGGAAUAUUCUUCAUAGCCCUAAUCCUAAUCCUGGCCAUGCAGCGCUUCCUCCUCCCCGGGAUCAUCAUCGUGGGGAGUUUCGUGCUCUUCGUACUAUGGUUAACCGGUCUUGUUGAGACGGCGCUGCAGUUGUACGGUGUUGUGGGGAGCGUAAAUGAUAGUUGUAAGAAUUGGGUUGAGGGGAAUGGGAUUCAUGGGGAGAGUAUUGAGGCGUUGGCGUGGCUGACGCAGAUCACUAUUUGCAAUUGUUGGAAAACGGCGUUUGCGUUUGAGUUGAUUGGGGUGAUUUUCUUUUUGUGGAUGAUAAUUAUGUCGUGGCGAGUGCAUCGCGAUGUUGCUUGA